GGAGAAGUCACUUACCAUCUGGACUAGCAGUGGGACAAGACAGGCGAAUUGUGAGCUGCACCUGUCCCAUACACACACUCACACACUCAGGGGAGAGAUCACACACAGCCUCUAUGUGUGGCUGGGACCAGAGCGUCCUGGCUCCUUAUCAAAACUCGGCUAUGUUGACUACUGAGGCAGCACCCUACACCGCUGACAAUGAGGAGCUCAAGAUGGAUGUAGAGGAUGUAGACAUGACAAAAUGGACGGAGGACGAGUUCGAGGAGAAAUGCACAUACAUUGUGAAAGACCACACCUGGGAAGGACCACUGGAGAACACGGACCUCACCCGGGCUGAGGCGUCUUUACCUAGAAACCUGGCUUUUAAGCACCCGGCAGACUCCAAAGAGGUUAUUGGUGUAGUAAGCAGAGAAUACAUCCCUAAAGGCACGCGCUUUGGCCCCCUUGUGGGAGAAAGUUACACUGCAGAAAAUGUCCCCAAAGAUGCGAACAGGAAGUACUUCUGGCGGAUAUACUCAGAUGGAGAAUUCCAUCAUUUUGUGGACGGAUUGGACGAGGAAAAGAGUAACUGGAUGCGCUAUGUGAAUCCAGCGCAUUCCCAGCAGGAGCAGAACCUUGCCGCCUGUCAAAACGGCAUGAACAUCUAUUUCUACACGGUGAAGGCCAUUCCUGCAGACCAGGAGCUACUGGUGUGGUACUGCCCUGAGUUUGCCCGCCGUCUCAACUACCCUGCCUCUGGAGAGAUUAUGAUGCAAAAACUCAAGCAGAGCCUGAUUGAAGCCAAGCAGCAAGCAACCGAAGUCAAGCACCCAGUGAAAAGAGAACACAGUGUUUCGGAGAUUUUGAAAGAUGUGCUGCAAGAACCCAGCAGACCACUUCCCACCCGUCCCCGCUGUCCCAAAAGCCCAGACCGACCUCUAUACCCCAGUGCUGUCUAUCCACCCCGCCCUUCCCUAAACGAGGACUUUUUAAAGAGCACCACAGUAUUCGGCCUCCCCACACGCUCUCACACACAGUGUUCGGUGACACCCAGCCCGUCAGCACACAGCAGCCCUGAGAGAAGUCCAGGAAGCAGUCCGACAUCAGCAUCAAUUGAGCCAAGAGAAGCAUUUCUCCCUUUCUCUCCAGCACUCUACAAUCGUGGCCUGAACCACUACCCAGGAUACUCACCAGCAGGCUCCAUGCCAUUUUACCCAAACCCGCACUACUCGCGCUACCUCAUGCACCACUACCCUGUUAGUAGUUUGAGUGGGCCAUCUACAUUGGGGGGUAUAUUUCCACACAUGUAUCCAUUUUACAGCAGCUUGGUACCUCCUCAUGUACCAUUCCCACCUUCCAUGCUUUCAUCCGAGGGCAGUCGUCAGUUUAUGCUUCCACCUGACUCUCCGGCCCCCAGGGACAUUCUGCUUCCAGCAGCCACCAGUGCCUUUUCUGCAGCCACUUCUCUGAAAGACAAACCCCUGCAUGGGCAUGGACACCCUUACGCUCCUGCUGGUGGAUCUCCAACAGCCGGCUCUGCGGCCUCUACGGGAUGCAUUCCCACCAAGCCUACCUCUGCAAUUCUGAGCACCAGCCGCUCAGAGGAUGAGGCCAUCAAUCUGAGCAAGAUGAAACGAGGUUCCACAGGCUACAAAAGUCUUGAUUACCCACUUAAGAAGCAGAAUGGGAAGAUCAAGUAUGAGUGCAAUGUUUGCACCAAGACUUUUGGUCAACUUUCUAAUCUUAAGGUGCACCUGCGUGUCCAUAGUGGGGAACGACCCUUUAAGUGUCAGACCUGCAAUAAAGGUUUCACUCAGCUCGCCCACCUGCAGAAACACUAUUUGGUCCACACAGGAGAGAAACCCCACGAGUGCCAGGUGUGUCACAAGCGUUUCAGCAGCACUAGCAACCUGAAAACCCAUUUGCGAUUACAUUCUGGGGAAAAGCCCUACCAGUGCAAGAUCUGCCCAGCCAAGUUCACACAGUUUGUCCACCUCAAGCUGCACAAGCGGCUGCACACGCGAGAACGUCCACACCAAUGCCCACAUUGCCACCACAACUACAUUCACCUCAGCAGCCUACGGUUCCACCUCAAGGGCUACUGCCUCGCAGUCUCUCCUUCUCCAAGCUGCAGCUUGGACGAACUCAACCGAGUCAACGAGGAAAUUGAACGCUUUGACAUCAGCGAUAAUGCCGACCGGCUAGAAGAAAUGGAAGGGUUUGAUGUGGAGGGCAUGGUGGAGAAGCAGAUAUUUGGCCUGCUCUGGCAGGAGAUGGAUUUUAAGGCGUCUUAUCACAAAGGUAGCACUGGAGGGGACCUGCACCCCCGAGCGCCUGCAUUAUCCGCGUAUCAUCUGAAUGAGCAUGACAGUGAAGCUUCUGUCAUCAAAGUUCAUCGCAGCAGCCCGAUCCAACUCCUACCCAUCAAGGUGAAAAAGGAGACAGAGGAGGCCAUGGAUACCUAGAGGCUUCCUGACCAGUUGACUGACUGAACAUUCAUAAGUUGUUCUUAUCAAAACGAAACAAAAAAAAAAUAGGCUCAGGCCUAUAUAUUCAGGGACUUCCGUACUCAGGGCUAACAGACAUUGAUCAUCAGUGGUCCAGUAUGUCCUACACAAAUGAUAAAGACAAUCAUAUUCUUUUAUUAUUAUAACUAUUAUUAUUAUUGUUAAUAUUAUUUGCUCUAGUGUUCAUUUCAGUUUGUAAUCUAUUUAAUUUAUUGUUCAACAUGUCCUCCUUCACGACCGAUACAUGGAAAUAAUGUUUACAAUGACUGGUUGAUUCAUUGUAAUUUGCUGUCUUGUAUAUUUCUUCUUCUCUUUCCUUUUUGUAAAUAGCGUCCCGAUUGACUGUGAUUUCAUGUGCAACUGCAAAGAGCUUACCACAUUCAGGUUGAUUUUUAAUGUAGGCCGAUGUCCGAGGUAGAACUUUUUUGUUGAAGGCAUUUCUUUUUGUACCCUAGGAGAGGUUGCAUAUCUAUGUGUACGUGUUUUACAUGACAGUUAUUCUUUUAAUGUUGAGCUCUACCACAAUUUAAUGAAUACAAAAAGGGCAUAUUAUAUAUUACCAACAACUGUUACCUCAAAUGUGAGCGAGUGAGUGUGUGUGUGUGCGUGUGUUGAGAGAUGUGUGCUUGUAUUGUGAUAUUUGUUUUGCUACUUGAAGAGGAAACCAAAUGUCCCAAUGUGCAGGUCUACAUGCGGUCCAAAGAACAGCAGUCUGUCUAGCUGUCGCACACAGGCUGUGAGAUUGACACUGACUCUGCAUUUUCGUACUUAUGUGCGGCACAUUACUGAAAACCAAAAUGAUAAAGAAACGAGAAUGUGGAACUGCUAACCAAAGUGAAAUCUUUCAGAGUUUCAGAGAUGUGUGUAAACUGUCUGUUCUGCAGGUCCGUGGUGAUGUCUGUGGACUCUUCACGUCACCUCGGCCUUUUGUAUGCACUGGUUUUAUUUCUUUCGUCUUAUGUUUGUACUUUUUGUUUUGUUUUUGUCCAGCGAUGUUAGUAGGACAAAAUGUCAGCGAGGCAGUACAAUCUCAAACGCUCUCUGUCCUAAAGUAUGACCAAAGUCUACACCUCAUCUUCAGCUUUAAAUUAAGAAAAUAAGAGACUGUCUUUGUUUACAUACUGGUUUACGUAGCUAUUUAAGUACAGCUUUGACAAAAUGUAAAUUAUAAUAUAAAUCUUCACUGAUCUAA